CUAAUUGCUCUUCAUCGCACUCUAUUACAUGAGCAUCACGACUUUUUCUUAGCCUCCCAGCACCCCUAUGCGUCUCCUGCAUUACGCCGUCUUGCAUCUACUUAUAAUAUGCCGGUGCGGAUGUGGCAGCAUGGCAUCUACUCAUUUCUUGAGAUUCUCAGACGUCGACUCCCGGAGUCAUUGGAUUAUAUGUUGACUUUUAUCUAUUUGGCCUAUCAGAUGAUGUCCUUGCUCUAUGAGACUGUUCCGACCUUCAAGGAGAUUUGGAUUGAGUUUUUAGGAGACCUUGCUCGCUACCGCAUGGCGAUUGAAGAUGAGGAUAUCCACCAUAAGAUCUGGAAUAGAGUUGCAGCACUUUGGUAUUGCCAGGCUGCAGAUCUGAACCCUUGUAGUGGUCGUCUAUACCAUCAUCUGGCCAUACUUGCGCGCAAGUAUCCUCUGCAGCAGAUCCACUACUUCUCCCGCUCUCUUACCUCUGUUACUCGCUUCGCGGCCGCUCGGAAGUCGACUAUGACGAUGUUUACCGGAUCCGUCUCCGAAUGCUCUACAGCCGUCUACGCUACAUUCAUUACAGCUCAUAAGAUUCUCUUUGAGAAGGGCGUUGCGGCUACGUCUAGAGAGUGUAGUAGGACAUUUAUCAAAGAGUUAGAUGAUCAAAUUGGGCGAGCUGCAGCACAGUGGAAAGACCAAGGCGUUUUUGUCGCGUUUACCAACAUCGCCAGUGUUUUCGACUAUGGCUCGGACUCGCCCUUGCGCCUCAUCUGUAAGUCACAUUCGAUUCUCAGAGCGGUCGGUUCAGAUGACAUCUCGUCUCAGCUAUUUGAAUUGUCUCAAGACGACUACUUCUUAUCUGCCCGCUAUCUCGCAUUUUCCACGUUGAGUGUUGCCCUUCAACGGGUUGGAGAUACCAACGUGCUUCCACAUAUUCAUAUUAUGCUUGUUUUCUUUGCUGCCCUUUCUACUAUUCCAUCUGCUUCUGUAAUCGCUACGGAAGCACCGUGGGAAAAGCUUGUUUCAUUCCUUAAUACACUAUCACAUUCCAUUAGGGCCAAGGGUGAUCUCUUUUCUGACGAGCCCAGCCCUCUACCUGAGGACUAUUAUUUGCGCGGACAAAUUUGGAGCCAAUGGUAUUUCCCGGAAGGCUGGUUUCGCGAAUGCGACAAGGAAGAGCGAUCUUUUGCUCUUGAACUUUCUUCAACGACUGAAGAGCGGAAGAAACGAGUCUUGCGUCUAAGUCACCGGAUUGCCUCUAUGACAUCCAAUUGCUGGAUAAGUUAUGGUGAAUCAUCGUGCCUAUGGUCCGUCGGAUCUUGA